CAUUGAAUAAUCCAUUUCAAAAGCAUGUUGAACUUGUCUGUGGUGCUACGGGUGCAAACUUUUCAAAGGACGUUUGCCUUUGCCACAGCGGCAGCUGUUAAGACGCAAACGAAACAACGGAAGGCGAAACACAAGGACAGGCCCAGAAACCAGAGGGAUAACCCGCUAAUCUCCUGCAGAAAAAGCCAGUUUAAUUUAACCCAAUACGAGAAGACAGAUGCCAAGUUCGGAACCAUUCCGCUGGCCUCCAAGGGGUGGCUACACAACAAGUCUAAGGGGGACUUCUUCAUCUUAAAUGCUAGCCUGCGAGGGGAGGAACUCCAGCAGGAAAUGCAAGCCAUAGAUGAGUUCCUAAACGACACAGGUCUCCAAAUUCAUCCGCAACUUCUUGAGAAUUUUCGAGGCGAACUAAGCAUCAAGCUUUUAACGGGGAUUCAAAAGCAGGGAAUACCUAUAGUCCAUGGAAAGGAGCACUGUCUGAUUGCUGCAGAAACAGGAUGUGGAAAGACCCUAACAUACCUAUUGCCUGUUCUAAACAAGCUACUUCAAAGAGAAAUAGGUUCCGAAAGAAAAUUGAACACUCCACAAGUGUUGAUCCUUACACCUGGCAGAGAACUAGCUACCCAGAUAGCGGGAGUCACCGAAAAGCUCAUCCAGGGAACAAAUCUUAAAGUAAAAGCAUUACUUGGGGGCAACACCAAACAGCUAAUGAUGAAUCCACAAUUCGAGGAGGUGGACAUCCUGGUGGCUACUUUGGGGGCACUCAGCAAACUGGUAACUACCGGAAUCUACCGCAUGGAGCAGGUGCGCCACCUUGUUUUAGAUGAGGCGGACACUCUGCUAGAUGACACAUUUACUGAUAAACUGACGUACUUCCUCCGAAGAUUUCCCUUCCAUUUGGUGCAAAAGGAAGAAGCGGGCACCCAGCUGAUUCUGGCCUCGGCCACUAUGCCUACCAACACCAGAGAGAUCUUACACAAAGUCAUUGAUGUAGACACCAUCCGGGAGGUGGUUAGUCCGCACCUACAUCGACUUAUGCCCCACGUGACGCAGAAGUUUCUUCGUAUGGCAAAGGCCGAUCGCCCUGCCACCCUCCUGUCGCUUGUUAAGCAGGAUCUUGCCAAGCGCCGGCCUCUAAUUGUGUUCAGCAACAAAUCCGCUACUAGUGACUAUGUUUCCAUCUUCCUAAACAAUAGCGGUGUGAACUGUUUGAAUCUGAACGGGGACAUGCUUAUGAAAAUCCGUCUUGGCCGCUUCGAGCAGUUUCAGAAUGGUCACUGCGACGUGCUUUCUACCACGGACGUCGGAAGUCGUGGUUUAGACACAACCCGAGCUCGGCAUGUGGUCAACUUCGACUUUCCGCUUCAUGUCUCCGAUUACAUCCAUCGUUGUGGCAGGAUUGGAAGAGUGGGCAACAUAGAUAAGUCGCUUGUUACUAACCUAAUAUCAUCGCGUCGCGAAAUCGACGUCGUCCAGCGGAUUGAGCAUGCAGCUCGAACCGGCGGACUGCUUCCGGACGUAAAUGCCAACAUCCGGAAUAUCAUCAACAAGCGUAUUAUGGCAGAUAUGAAAGCGGCGGGAGUUCCGGUCCCAGUCCUGGGGGCAAAAAAUGGCCAGGAGGACGCCUUCUAGUCUCGUAUUUUUAUGUUUUAUGAGUAAAGUUUUGUUUUCAAUGGCGACUAGGUUCAUUAAAACUCAGAUUGAUUUGAUACAA